GCGGCGCGCACGGAGAUGCCCCGCGGAGGCCAGUCUCGUGGCUGGAAGAGAAAAAGAAAUCGGGGUGUAGAAUACCCAUCCUUUCCAGGAGAGAGUCCACUGCAGUGCAGACGAGCAGGGCUCAGGACUGUGGGGGCAGAAGCUUCCCUCUCUGAAGCAUGGCUCAGGUGUGGAGAAGGAUUUCAGGAGACUCCUGAGACGCUGUCAUUAACAGCUGAAAAGAAGACUACUACAGAAAAACACCAUGAAUUAUCCUCUGGACCCAAGACAGAACCUACCACAUCUAAAAGUACCAGUGGGCUUACAGCUAUAACAUGGAGUUCCAGUGAAAGUGAUCUGUCAGAUGAAGAUAAAACAAUUUUUAAAUCACAGAGAGAGAAUGGACAUGGUUCUAGAAUAGGCAGGUUUUAUAGCAGAAAUAUUUUCUCUCCAGAAGAUGGGGCCAGUGAAGAUGAUCUCCAGGUUAUUGACUGGGAGAUUGACAGUGACAGGGAAGAUACAUGUGAUGAAUUUGAAGACCGUGAGAGUGUGGUGGAAAUAUCUGACCGUGCUUCUUGUACAAGCAGUCGUUCUUUGACACCUCCAGAGACGCUACCUGAACUUCCUAAGGACAUAAGAAAAUCCUUCUUAGAGACAAAUCCUACAGAAAUUUUAGAGUAUUCAUCAGAUAGUGAAAAAGAUGAUGAGUCGGAGAAUGUCUUGUUCAUUGAUUCAGAAUCCUCUCACAAAUACCAUGUGGAUUUUGGAUCAGAUGGAAGACAGGUUAUGGAGAGACUGAUAAACCCGAGGGUAAAAUCUACAGAGACCAUUUUGCAUACACCCCAGAAAGAGACAAAGCUUCCCAAGACUCCAGAAAAUUCAGCAAAGAAGAAGAAGCUUUUAAGAGGCGGGCUAGCAGAAAGACUAAAUGGACUGCAGAAUCGAGAGAGAUCUGCCAUUUCUUUGUGGAGACAUCAGUAUCUUUCUUACCAAAGGACACUUUCAGGUAUAAAAUCUGGUAUAUUAACUGUGAAAAUUCUAGAGCUUCAUGAGGAAUGCACCAUCCAAGUUGCAAUGUGUGAGCAGUUAUCGGGGCUGCAGGCUGACAGCUCUUCUCAGGGUGGGGCCCCUGGGACUGGCCUGAAGGUUCUCUUUGCCAAGGAGACUGCACGCUGCCUCAGGGGACUUCCACAAGACAUCAUCCGUAUCUACCCUCCCUGGGGGAAGAGAGAGCUCCCAGCCCCUACCAGGGCUGCUGUCUGUGGGAAUUCAGAUGUUCUGCACAGGAUUUCUAGUAUCAUGCAAAAGCUUAUUAUCCCAAAUGGAAGUUGCCCUGUUAUUCUGAAUACUUAUUUUUGUCAGAAAGUUGUUGCCAAAGAAGAUUCAAAAACAGCACAUGCAGUGCACAGUUGGGACACAACCCUUCCAAGAAGAAGCAUCAUUUUGGCCCAGAUGUUCAGAUUUAAGAGCCUAACAAAUAACUCACCUGAAAACCAGGUUAUGUGUGGUGGUCACACCACCGUGGGCACAGACUGGACCCUCAGGCACGAACAAGCAGAGCUGGGCUUCCCCGCCCGAGCGCCCCUGAGGGAUUCUCUGCUGGAUGCAGUCGAAAGCCAAGGAGUUGCCACCUGGUCGGGAGCCGGGGUCCGAGUGGUGGUGCAGAGAGUUUACUCUCUUCGCUGCAGGUGUCAGCAGGCAGAUGGCACAGACCCACCUGGAGUUCGAGUCUGCCUUCUCGUGCAAGAUGCCCUCGGACUCUUCAGUGAGGUGCACUCGGAGGGCGCCGUCCUGAAGGACAGGGAGUUGGAGGGCAAGUCCUGCAGGCUGGCGGGAAUGAAGGUGCUGCAAAAGGUCACCAGAGGAAGGAUGACGGAGCUUUUCAGUUUGAUUGACACCAUGUGGCCUCCAGUGGCGCCUCUGAAAGCACCAGGCCACGGGCCAGCCUUCGAGGAAAAAACUCAUCUGCCUCCUCCUAGCUUCUGUUACAUCCUCACUGCUCAUCCAAACCUGGGACAAAUUGAUGCAAUUGAAGAAGACUCUAUUUCGAAGCUUUACCAGCCUCCAAUUCCCCGCUUCUUAAGAGAAAUUCUCCAGACUGAUGGCCCCUGUACCCGUUGCAGUUUCUAUGCCAGAGUGAUUUACCAAAGACCACAGGUGAACAGUUUGCUUCUGGAGCCAAGGGAGGUGUGGCUGGUGGUGACCGACGCUACUCUUCAAGCACAGGGUGAGGGCUCGGGCCUCCCCAGAACCGUGCCUGUGCGCGUGGCCCCCUCAUGCGUGCUGGGCCAGGAAGUCCGCGACGCGCUCUCCGAGGCCACCUCCAAGAGCUUCUUCUUCAGGGACGCUCUCCGAGACCAAGGCCCCAUCCCGAAGUCCACUGCGGACAAGACCCCUGUGAUGGCCACACGGACAGAACCAGAACCCCCUGCAUGCAGUGCCGGCGCAGCAGCAGGAGGUCAGGUUGUUUGUGUUGGACGAACUGUCCUCCUGCUUCCAAAGCCCCAGCUGGGUGUGGCCUCUGGUGCCUGGGAGCUGACGAGCCCCGUGAGGCUGGAUGAGCUGGAUUCUGUCACUCGGGUCAACUCCAUUUGCAGCGUCCAAGGCGCUGUGGUCGCCGUGGACGAGAGCACCGCCUGCUCGUGGCCUGCGUGUGACCUGUGUGGCGGUGAGAGACUGGAACGGAGGCCGGAAGACAGGAGCGCCUUCUCCUGUGGGGACUGCUCCCGCGUGGUCACCUCUCCCCUCCUCAGAAGGCACCUGCAGGUCUUCCUGGACUGCCCCGUGCGACCCCAGUGCACAGUGAGGGUCAAGCUGCUGCAGCACAGUAUCUCUUCGCUCCUGAGGUUUGCCGCCUGCGAGGACGGGAGUUACGAGGUGAGGAGUGUCCUCGGAAAGGAGGUGGGGCCGAUAACCUGUCUCGUCCGGUCCAUCACCACCCGCCCGGCCUGCGUGGGACUGGAAGAGGUUGAACUCCUGAGCGAGGGGGGAGCCUCUUCAGCACACCGUUGGCAGCCGCAGGAUCCGUGAACUUUACAAAGUGGCUGCGAGUGGUGGCGGUUCGGUAGUUAUUUGUUAACUCUAGGCAGAGUGAAUGUACUUUAUGAUCUUGAGGUGGAACUUCGAUUGCUCUGGGGCAAAUGUUAGUAAAAUGGCUUUGUAAACUGGAAAUCAAAGUACUUCUUUCUGCGAUGAUAUAUAUUUUUAUUGCCUUUCUGCAAAUUUAGGAACAUGAUAGAGCUUAAAUAAGCUUGAGGUUUUCAUUUUGUAUUUACCUUAGACAAUAAUAUAGUAGAAAAAGUUAUUUUGUUCUACUGUAAUUCUAAAGUGUUCAAAAUUUACAAUGAUUCAACGUGUUUUUCUUAUAUUUCUUUUAACAUUUCCCCAAAGAAUUACCCUGCCGAGUGUAAACCUUUGUCCUCUAUUGUCAUAUUACUGUUCUGCACAGUGUCCAGCCUAAGCUUUCUGCAGUUCAGUAUUUUUUGGAAAAUGUUCUGGGGAACUAUGUCAGAGGUAAAACUGUUUCCCAUAAAGUAGAGAUAAAGUGACUGGCCUGAUGAUAGCUCCUUACGGAGAGAUUGGCAGGUCUGGUUAGUCCUGCCGGGCACUGCGCAGGAUUACGCCGCCGCAGGAGAGCUGGGUAAUCGUUCACCUUGUUGGCAGAGAUCUGAGUUAAAAGUAAAACCAUGGAUUAAUUAUCUCUGGACACUAAAGAUUUUGCGUUUCCUCCCUUAGGACAGUAUAAUCAUGACAGGCCACGGUUAACGAAUUACAUAAUAUAGACGUAGCAGCCAAGACCAAGAAAGGCUGCCUAGUACCCACUCUCAUGGGGGAAAGGCAACGGCUUUAUUUAUUCGUCCAGAUUAAGCUUUGAAACAUUACCAGUACCGGCAAGGUAGCCGAUUUUAAGUAGCUUUGUGACCGUCCUUUCCAUCUCCUAUAUGACUUCUGUACCUUAUGCACUUUGAGAAUCUACUUGAAGCUGUCUACAGGACUGAGGAAAGUGAAAGUAAAUCCCAUGAAAGCCAAGAUGAGUGGGACUGGUUUUCGGAUAACCUGAGCCCUCCUCUCCCUGCCCCCCACUCGAGGUGGGACCCGCUCCGGCCGGUUUCCGACACAUCCCCGGGGCGCCUUCCACCCGAGCGGGUCUCGCUCGGCAGGUUAACCGGCACGUCCGCAGGUGGAGUUUGGCCUGUCGGA